GUUCAGCUUCGCGGUAAAACCUCCACCUGAUCUAGAUUCAAGAUGCUUAGCAUCACGUUCAUUGUCUUGGGUCUAGCGGCAUCUGCUGCAUCUACUGCGCUUCCAGAUUUCUUGGUGCCUGGAAGUUGUGCCAAUGUUAAAGUCCAAGAUUCGUUUGAUCUAAGAAGGUAUCACGGUCGUUGGUACCAGACAGAGAUCAUGGAGAACGCUUAUCAGCCAUACACAAAAUGUAUCAACUCUUUCUACGAUUACUCGUCUUCUGACUUUGGCUUCAAGGUAGCUACAGCUGGUUUCAGUCCCCAAGAGGAGCACCUCAAGUUGGAAGGCAGAAUCUACCCUACCAAGGAGUUCGCUUCCAGCCACAUGUUGAUUGAUUUCCCAACAGUGAUGGGAUACCCUUACCAAGUCAUCGAGACCGACUACGACACGUACUCUUGCGUCUACUCCUGCCUCGACUGGAACACCUACAAGACCGAGUUCGCCUUCGUCUUCUCCAGGACGCCCCAGAACGGAGGACCUGCCACAGCAAAGUGCGCCGAGGUCUUCAGGAGGAGCGGAAUCGACUUCUCUAAAUUCAUUACCGUUCCUCACUCAGCUGAGUGUGUCUACAGAGCGUAAAAUAGACCACUGUCUUUUUUUAAUCGGUAAAUAAGGCUUUCUUAAUGUUGUUCUUUUGUUUCUAAUAAACUACGUCUUUAAA